AAAUCAAGAAAUCUUGAAAAACCGAUGAUGGAGGGACGAGAUGAUUAAUCAAAGGAGGUGGUGAUUCCGAUAACCCCCCCAAAAAAAAGUUUUCACGAUCAGCUAAAGACACCGAGUAGCAUCUCCGAUUGCAUCCGAUCCACCGGAAAAUGGUCAUGCGACGAGGCAGCAGAGCAAAGGCCGCCGCUGCCGCCGGAGUACCGAUCGGAUCAAGACCGGAGGUGGUGGCGGUGGCUCAGCAACCAGACAACAACGAGCCACGGUACCGUGGGGUUCGAAAACGACCAUGGGGUCGGUUCGCGGCCGAGAUCCGUGACCCAUGGAAGAAAGCUCGGGUCUGGUUGGGAACCUUCGACUCGGCGGAGGACGCUGCACGUGCCUACGACGCCGCCGCACGUUCCCUCCGCGGAUCCAAGGCCAAAACCAAUUUUCCAUUUUUACCCCUACCUGAAAACGAAAUCCACGAUCGGACCACCGGCGAUCAUUUGAAAAACCAACAUCAAAACUUCUAUGAUCUUCAAUCGGUUAACAAUAAGUGUCGGCCGACGAUGAGCAGUCUGAGCAGCACCGUCGAAUCGACUAGCGGACCACGGCCGCCGCCGCCGCCGCCGCCAUCGAAUCCCAUUAGAACAACCCACCAUCGAUUAAAACCGCCGCCGGUUCCUCACGACGACGACGAUUGCCACAGCAAUUGCGACUCAUCAUCUUCGGUGGUUGACGAUCAUUAUCACGACGCCGAUCUCGCGUCAUCUUCCCGCAAACCAUUGCCGUUCGAUCUCAACCUCCCUCCACCACCGCCGGUGGACGGAAUCGGAUUUCCUUCUAACCCCAAUGAUGAUUUAUACGUCACCGAACUCUGCUUAUAAAUUCCCGACGAUCUUUACGACGAUGAUGAGAGAUCUUACUGGCUGUUCGCUGGAUCUAUGUUCCAAAACUUUCUUGUUUUUCCAAGAACAUCAUCAUCUGAUUUCAAGAUGCGAAAUUUCUGGUAAAUUUCUUGAAAAUCUUGGUUUGUUUAGAUUGUUGUUAUCGAUGAUGAUGAUGAUAUCUGUAGAUUAGUGUGAUUUGAGGUCACUUUUCGAUCUGGGUUCUGCUUCAAAUCUGUGAUAUUGAAGAUUUUAGUAUAGAUCGUUGUUAAUUUUACAGAGAAUCAUGAACUUAUAAGUGUAUUUCAUGAAGAACAAAAAACCCCCCCAAUUUGGAUUAUGAUCUUGAUCUUGAGUUUUCUUUUCAUCUCCUGAUCCGAUGAUCUUCUCCCUUUGCCCAAUUUUUCUGUAUAAAUUAUAAAUAAA